AUGAAACUCAUCUUUGCUCUUCUGCUGAUCCUUCCCUUGGCCUUUCCCUCAGAGGGAAGCCAAAUCUCGGUCACCAAUGGAGGUCCCUGGGGCAGUUGGGGUGGAAUGGUGAUGUGUCCCAAAUCUUAUCGGGCUUUUGGCUUCAGUCUUAAGGUGGAAAAGAAACAAGGCUCGGGAGAUGACACUGCACUCAAUGGGAUCCGACUCUUGUGCCGACACACAGAAAACCGUAACAUCCAGAGAAUCAUAUGGUCAUCAGAACAACGAUGGGGGAGGUGGACCUCUUACCAGAAUUGUGGCUGUGGAUAUCUUCAGUCCUUCAAUCUCCGUGUGGAACGUCCCAAAGGAGGACGAGUAGAUGACACCGCUGCCAACAACAUCAGGUUCCGCUGCACCAAUGGAAGGGUUAUGUCUGGUGCUGGCAUGUCCUGGGGUGGCUGGGGGGGAUGGAGUGGUCGGUGCUCGAGAGGGAUCUGUGGCAUUAUGACCAGGGUGGAGAGACCACAGGGCGGGGGAGAUGACACUGCCCUGAAUGAUGUCAUAUUUAGAUGCUGUUAAUGAAGUAACCUGGAUGAUGAUG